AUGUCAUCAGAAGCACAACCAGACUCAUUCUAUGGUGAUAUCAAGUCAUAUGAUAUUCAUACCUAUUGGAACAAUAACAAUGAAACUGAACGUAAAUUUGCUUUUGAAUUACGAGAACAAGUAUUAAAAGAUUUUGCUAGAGAAAUUGCUAAUGGUGAUAUAAGAGUUUAUAAAUUUUGGGAUAAACCAAUUGGACCUCAUCCAAUUAAUAUGUGGGAAUUAGAUUUUAAAAGUCCAGAAAUUUUUAAAAGAAUUGUUCCUUAUUUCCAAUUAAAUCAUGGAGAUUUAUCAGUAUUAAUUCAUCCAAGAAGUGGUAAAGGUGAUUUACUUGAUCAUACUAAAUUUGCCUUGUGGCUUGGUCAUAAAGUAAGAUUAGAUACAAAUCUCCUUAAAUGA